AUGCGGUGCCCCCUAGAUGCGCCGGGGCCUAGUUUCAGCUCGUGCCACGUCGGUGACCCUAAUUUCACCUGGGACCACCUCUGUGGAGGCCGUGAGUGGCGCCCGCGAGAGACGGCCCGUUUCCUAGGCUUGGCGGCUCGCGGCCGCGCCGGGCCGGGCCGGGCCGGGCCGGCGCCGUCACCACGCCGCCCCCGCCGCCGCCCCCACGUCCCGCCCGAGGACUCCCGAUUAAUUAAAGCGGCCUCCACUUUUCUUGCCGCCCCCGGCGGCGGCGCUGCUGGGGUGGGGGCGGCGGCCCCCGCGGACGUGCCCGGCGGCCGGAAUGGGCUGCUUGGCGCGGGUCAUCCGUCUGCCACCGGCGCCGGCGGCGGCAGCGGGGGCGGCGUCCGUCAUCUUGCGCCGCCCCCACCGCCCCCGUGCCGGCUCAGCCGCAGAUAA